CUCUGGGUCUGGAAGGCUCCUUAGGGACAUUCUAAUCCCCGAAGAUGCCUGAAUACGUAUAUGCGUUGCAUGAUUUCACCCCAGAAAACCCAGACGAGGUAUCAUUCAAGGUUGGAGAAAGGAUUGAGGUGAUUGAGAAGGACGAUCUUUAUGGGGACGGCUGGUGGCAGGGUCGCAAUCCUUCCGGCCAGAGCGGUCUUUUCCCUCAAAGCUACACUACUCCAAAUCCCCCCUCCUCCAGUAUCACCUUCCCGGAUGCGACACCUUCAUUUCCCGAACCUUCAACCUCGAAAGGGGAGAACGGUGCAGGCCCCUUACAUCCCCUCCCGGAGGAGCCAGAGGCCAGCGCAUCAAGCGAGGCCGCACGGCACAGUCCUACCGAUAGCGAGAGGAAGCGCAAGCCCAGUGACGGUGACGUUAUGAUGCGCGCGACUAUGACGGACGUCCAGAAAGCCAUAGAACAACUCGGCCGGAAUGACCGGGACGGCUCUCGCUCAUUUAGCUUCGCGAGCUCUCACGGCGACUAUAGCGAGCGUUCGGAGACCGAGACCGAGGACGACCAUGACGCGGACGCGGAGGAUGAUGAGAUGGGAUGGCACAAGGGCGCGCGCGCCAAGCUGGCCGAGAGGGCGCAGAGGGAGAACGAGCAGCGUCAGGCGCGCGAAGCGGAGGAGCAGCCUCGCGCGAUGAUACCCCCCAUUGAUGUGGAAGUGAGCGACGAUAGCGACAUGGAGGAUGAGGAGUCGCCUCACAGCCCGCGGAAACAUCAGCAAUACCCCAGGAUCGCGGAGGAAGACGAGGAGACCGAAGAGUCGAAAGACCCCGUACCGCUCACUCCUCAUGCACCCCCCUCAGCUAUCUCAGACGAGAGCAUCAUUCCGUCGACGAGAUACGUCGUACCCGACGAAACCGACCUUCCCACUGCUACCGCUUCUACUUUCCCGGAGUCUGCCCCCUCCCCUACGGUACCCACCGUGUUCUCGCCCGUCACAGCCGUCGCGCCGGAGCCAGUACCGGCACCCGAACCUGCGCCCACUGAGACACAGCGGGCGCCCACGCCUUCCAGUCCUGCUGUUCAACACGAGGAGGCCGCCCCGAGUGUGACGCCCAUCAUCACUCCUGCACCGAGCACCAUGAAGGUCGGCGAGCAACUCCCGUUCUCGACAACCUCUGCGCUACCAUCACCCACUACUUCUUCUGCUGGUUCCUAUGGUCCUAGUAGCGCCGCCGGUAUCCAGCAAACACUCACGCCCGCUACCACCGUGGCGUCGUUCAGGACAUCGACGUCAACCCCUCACGCUAAUGGUGGUGCAUCGGAAGCGGGGAAGAAGUCGGGCACACACCCUUCGGAGUGGACCGUCGAGGAAGUCAUCGACUGGUUGAAGGCGAAGGGCUUCGAUCAGGGCGUAUGCGACAAGUUCAUCGAGCAAGAGAUUACUGGUGAUGUUCUCCUCGAGCUCGAUGCCAACAUCCUGAAGUCGGAAAUCGGCAUCGCCGCGUUCGGGAAACGCGUUCGUAUCGUCAACGCCAUUGCUGAACUACGUCGGCCACCCUCGGUCACCGAGUCUGAGCCGCACCACGCACCUGCGCUCACACCACGCUCCCUUACCCAGUCUUUCAACUACCCCGGCUCACACCACUCGCAACCGUCACACUCACACUCUCACUCACAGUCGAUGCAGAGUUCUGCGCAUCAGAGCUUCAUGAACUCACCCCUUUACCCGCCACCAUCCCCAUCUCUGCCGAACGGGCUUGGUUCAGCUGGCCUUGCUUCUAUCAUGAGUGCCGAAAGCCCGAUGAACACUGGAGAGCUCUCACCUCAUGCAAGAAACGGGUGGCGAGCGUCAGACCCUGGUUCAAUCAACGGCAGCGCUAUCAACCUCGAGGACGACGCCCGCGGGCGAGCGGUGUUAGGCCUCGGUCUGGGCCUUCCGACCACCUCCCCGCAGGCAAAGGGGGUGAAGGGUCGUCCCCCGCAGCUGGUAUUGUCGCCCAGUGACAGCGCGCUUGGGGACAAAGUUUCCGCGGUUCAGGAUAGAACUUCUGGUUCCAUUAAGGACGAGCGGGCCGUCAUGAGCGAGACGGAGAGCGUCAGGACUAAGGAACCUAAGGCCAAGCGCCACCUAUUCGGGCGCAACUCUGGUUCGCUGAAGGAGAAACCUAUCAAGGACUCCGCGAGCCAGAAUUCUGGUGGCGGAACGCCUGUGACGACUCCCGAUGCCUUGGGCUCCCCUGACCGUGAGCAGCAGCCUGUUCGACGGCGCAGCAGGGGCAAUGGGAGUAUCGAUGAGCGCAAGCCUGACCGCCUCAGUCUCUUCGGUGCCUCUUUCACCGGAACGCUGGGGAAGCACAGGAAGCCUGCUCCCCGACUGUCAAACGUCGGCGAGAAGCACGAGGGCGACAAGCCUCACCUUAGCACGUUCUCAAGGUUCCGCGAGAAGCGUUCGAAUGGCCGUCCAGGGACGUCCGACGGCACUGUCAGUGUCAAGACGAAGGACGAGAAGUUCGCGCUGAAGGAUGUCGACAAGGGCGCGGAGACUGAGAAGGAGGAUGAGAAGCAGACGGCAAAGGAGAAGGCCAAAGCAAAGGAGAAGAGAGACCGCACUACGUCGCUAUCUCCCAGCAAGGAGCGGGACCAGCAGGUACUUCGCAAGCGAACAUCGUCAGCUGCCGAGAUCCCAACUCGGAGUACACUCGCUGCGUCGAAGAGCGCCAGCGGGGCCCCCUCCCUCAAGGCAGGCCAGAGUAUCCUCGAGCAAAUUGGCACUCCCGAUCACAACGGGUGGCUUCGUAAGAAGGGCGACCGUUACAACAGCUGGAAGCAGCGGUACUUUGUUCUCAAGGGGCCACAUUUGUAUUGGCUACGGAGCGAGAGCACGUCGGAGACGAAGAUCAAGGGCUAUCUGAACAUCGUGGGCUACAAAGUCUUGGCGGAUGAGAACGUCGACCCGGGGCGGUAUGGGUUCCGGAUCGUGCACGACCAGGAGAAGUCGCACUACUUCAGCUCAGACGAGCAACUGGUUGUCCGUGAAUGGAUGAAGGCGCUCAUGAAGGCCACCAUCACGCGAGACUAUACGAACCCCGUCAUGUCCUCGUGCAACAUUCCCACUAUCCCCCUGACCGUCGCGCAAGCAAUGAACCCGGCUCCGCGGCCACCUUCUCCCACAGCGCGCGAUGCGACGCAGAAGGCUCUGCGCAGAGAGAACCCGGAACAGCUUUCCCAGCGCGACGCCCAGGUCCUACUUCUGGGUAUGCCGAGCAAGGAGAACGGGUCGAACGGCGGUGAACGCACGAGGCUGGAGUCAUUCUUCACCAACGACGCCGUCUCGAUCAACGGUGCAGAUUCUGGGAAGUCCUUCGCCACGCCCAAGAGCCCUGCGCCCCCGCGCCCAUCGCGGGAGCUGAGACGGAUGAGCACUUCGCAGGGUCCUUCUGAUUAUGAAGGCCCUGUGGACAUGGAGCUGAUCGAGUGGGCGAACUCGCACCUUCCAGGUCAGCUGCAGAUCAAGGACGCGAGCGGGUCCCUAUGCGGCGGGCUCGCGCUUCUGCGCCUAGCCGAGGACAUCAAGGGCAAGGCAUCUUCUCCGCCGGUACCGGAUUCGUCGUUCCCGUCGGGCCCGAACGACGACAAGCUGGACGGCUUGUUCAGGCUCUUCGACUACCUGCUCGACAACGAUGUGAAGAUGGGCACGGUCAGUAUAAACGACAUCCGGCAGGGCAGACGGGACAAGAUCGUGCAGCUGCUGCGGGCGCUCAGGAUGUGGGAGGACAGGCGGAGGGCAAUUGCCCUAUCCAUAGGGAAGGGCGCUGUGACCGCGGGCCCGUUCAUGGGCAUGUCGGGCCCGUCGUUUGACUAUAAGUAGAUAUGAGGCACAUUUUGGUUUGCUCGCUUUCAGUCGGACUGUUCUUCGGGUCGUAUGUACGUACGUAGAGUGCACUCUUUUUUUGGUUUAUUUUCUUUUCCACGUCCAGCUUCGCGUACCUCGCGCUCGAGCUUAUAUAGGGAGAUCU